AAGAUUUCGUCAUCCGUGGCGACAACAUCGAAGUCGAGCUCCGAAACCCCCAUCCCUCACCUCGUAGUCUCCGUCACUCUGUAGCUAAACCAGCUCUCCGUCUUCCCUCAAGUCCUUCUAAUUCUCCGCCCCCGCUCGCCAGCGAACUCCGUCUCGUAGGGUUCCGCCCGAGAAACCAAGAAAUGGCCCAAUCACUCCACCUCCUCGCCCCUCCCUCCCCGUCCCCUUCCCCUCGCCUCCUCCGGCCCUGCCUCCCCUCCCUCCCCCAUCAUCACCGACUCCUCUGCCGACAGAUCUGCCGCGCCUCCGCCUCCCCGCCCCCGGCGCCCGAUCUCGGCCCGGUGGUCCUCUCCUCCGACAACGGCAUCAGCGCAUCCGCCGCCGCCGCCGCCGCCGCGGCGAUCGACGUGGACGCGGUGACGGAGGCAGAGCUGAAGGAGAACGGGUUCCGGAGCACACGGCGGACCAAGCUGGUGUGCACGAUCGGGCCGGCGACGUGCGGGUCGGAGCAGCUGGAGGCGCUCGCCGUCGGGGGGAUGAACGUCGCCCGGCUCAACAUGUGCCACGGCACCCAGGAUUGGCACCGCCGCGUCAUCCGCCAGGUCCGCCGGCUCAACGAGGAGAAGGGGUUCGCCGUCGCCGUGAUGAUGGACACCGAGGGAAGUGAGAUCCACAUGGGUGAUCUCGGCGGUGCCGCCUCUGCCAAGGCCGAGGAUGGUGAGAUUUGGACGUUCAGUGUCAGAGCUUUUAACUCACCCCUUCCGGACCGCACCAUUCAUGUGAACUAUGAUGGGUUUGCUGAAGAUGUGAGGGUGGGUGAUGAACUUAUCGUGGAUGGGGGAAUGGUCGAGUUUGAGGUGAUCGAAAAGAUUGGUCCGGAUGUAAAAUGUCGCUGUACUGAUCCUGGGCUGCUGUUGCCACGGGCUAAUCUAACUUUCUGGCGUGAUGGCAGUCUAGUUAGGGAACGUAAUGCCAUGCUUCCUACAAUUUCUUCUAAGGACUGGCUGGAUAUAGACUUUGGGAUUGCUGAGGGUGUAGAUUUUAUUGCGGUUUCAUUUGUCAAGUCUGCAGAAGUCAUUAGUCAUCUCAAAAGCUAUAUAGCUGCACGAUGUUGUGACAGUGAUAUUGCGGUAAUUGCAAAGAUUGAGAGUAUUGAUUCGUUGAAAAAUUUGGAAGAGAUUAUUCGCGCAUCAGAUGGAGCCAUGGUAGCCAGAGGAGACUUAGGUGCUCAAAUUCCACUGGAACAAGUUCCUUCAGCGCAACAAAAGAUCGUUAAACUGUGCAGGCAGCUCAACAAGCCUGUCAUUGUAGCUUCUCAACUUCUCGAGUCUAUGAUUGAAUAUCCUACACCAACUAGAGCUGAAGUUGCUGAUGUAUCAGAAGCGGUCCGGCAGCGGGCUGAUGCUCUUAUGCUUUCUGGUGAAUCAGCCAUGGGUCAGUUUCCAGAGAAAGCACUCACUGUCCUUAGAAGUGUAAGCCUCAGGAUUGAAAGGUGGUGGAGAGAGGAGAAGCGCUAUGAAGCAAUGGAGCUCCCUGACAUUGCAUCCUCUUUCUCCGACCAAAUCUCAGAAGAGAUCUGCAAUUCAGCUGCCAAAAUGGCUAACAAUUUGGGAGUAGAUGCACUUUUUGUCUACACAAAGACGGGAGACAUGGCCUCUCUUCUGUCACGCUGCCGCCCUGACUGUCCAAUUUUUGCGUUCACAACUUCAACGUCUGUAAGGAGACGGCUGAACCUUCAGUGGGGUCUGAUCCCCUUCCGCCUCAGUUUUUCCGAUGACAUGGAAAGCAAUCUCAACCGCACUUUUUCUUUGCUCAAGGCCAGGGGAAUGAUCCAGUCUGGGGACCUUGUCAUUGCUCUCUCUGAUAUGCUACAGUCAAUUCAAGUGAUGAAUGUCCCAUAGCGGUAAGUUUACUACUGUUGUAUCGUUUGCCUCCAACGUUAGCUGUCCCAAGCUCAACUUCAACUUUUGAAGAGUUAGGAAGUUGAUAUCAAACUUCAUUUGUUUGUUAUUAGUGAACAAUAGGAACUUAUCUAUCAUGAUUGAAUUUCCGAUCAUAGUUGCAUAUCCUUUAAAAGUUGCUGCUUUUAUGUAUAUUCAUAUUCUUAUUAUUUGGAAUUAUCAGACAUCAGGAUUCACUGUUUCAGUACUGAAUCUUAUAUCAAUAAAAACCAACUAUAAUAUUGAUACA